AGACUAAAAAGCCUUUCUUUAUGUAUAAUAUAAUUAUUUAAGAUUUUAAACAUGGCAAAUAUAGAGCUAGCGCGUGAUGUUCAAAAUCUUCGAGAAAACAUAUCCCGUUUAUUUAACGGCGAAGCGAGAAUUAUCGACUUCAACACGGAAGAACCAAGUAUUAAAGUAGAACUGUACUUCAAAACUGGCUUCUAUAAAGGAGGGACGUUUGUUUUCCACGUAAAGCUUUCGCCGAACUACCCACAUGGAGAACGGGUUGUUAUAUUUCUAACCAAAAUCUUCCAUCCUGGUGUUGAUGAGGAGAAAUGUAGCCUUUCUGGCCUAGAUAUCAGUUAUGGCAGUUUAGAAGAGAUUGUUAAGGAUGUAUACAAUCAAAUCAGAAACCCAAAUUUUCAAGCUAUUCAGCAUCCACUAUUUUAUGAUGACUUGUUCAUCGAAGACCAAAGUGUAUUAAGGGCAAAAUUUGCUGAAGACGUUCAGAUGUCAUUAAAAGUUGAUGAAAUUUUGGCAGAAAUGAAUGCAUUAGGUAAAACAGUGGUGGGACCAAAAUAAUCAUGGUCCUGGAAAUGCCAGUGAAGUAUCAUAAUUUUUUGCUAUUAUUCAUGUAUUGUUUAUGCAGCAGUUUAGUCAUACCAUGUAUACUCCAACUUGUUAUAGUUUAAUUAUUUGAACUGUUUAUAAUGUUAUACCAAAUUGAAAUUACCUGUUUAUCCCAGUAUAUAUGUUAUUUCAACAUUGAUAGAAAAUAAUUCCAAAGUUUUAUAUCAAGAUUUUUGUCAGGGCCCUAACAUAUUAUUUUCAAUGUUAGAAAGCCAUAGUUAGAAAUCUAAUUCAAAAGUUUUAAAAAAAAUUAAUGCAAGAAUGGUAUCUGGCAUCCAAACCAAAUAGAAGAAACAAAUUCUGAAUUUAAGGUGUAGUGUACAAGGGUUUUAGUGGGGGAAUUCAAAAUUUUGGAAAAUCGGAAAAAUUGGAUCUGUGUUUAUUUAUGGUACAAAUUCAUGAUUAAGGAAAGGAAAUCUAGAAUAGAAGGUAUAGAAUCUGCGGUUUAAAGAGAAAAACAUAUAAUGAAAGAUCUUAAAAAUCCUGGUUGUGGAAUUAGUUAUUCUCCCAAGCAAAUCUAUUUUUCUUUAAUUUAAUAUAUCUAUAAACUGUUUAAUUGGAGGUUCUUCAAUAUUGAAGUAUAUACAACAGGCAUUUAUAAGAUACAUAUCUUGUAGGAAGAUUCCUAGAUAACAAGAAUAUUUAAUACCAAGAAUAUUUAAUAAUGAAAUAUAGAAAUAUUAUUUGUCAUUUUAUAUUAAAACUAUACGUACCAGAAUUUUUUAUUCACUUAUCGCUUCACGGCUGCUUUUAAAACCUAUCAGUUCAUUAUCGUUGCUUGAGAAAAAAAGUAACUCUCCGAUCAAAUCUCUGUUACCUUUAGACAGUUUUAACCAUGGAUUUGGCAGUGUUUUCGACAGGUUUUCUAUUCGUAUUGAAAAAGAAAGUCGCCAUUUUGGAUGAAAAAUUGGCGCCAAAAUAUUGCUAAAAACCAGGGCGCUUCGAACAACAAUGGCAUGAUGGUGUUCGAACAACUUCGAUUGUGAUUGGUUCAUUCGUUCACAUGACUUUAAAUAAAUGCAAUGUUUCCCGCCAGGGAAACAAGUUAAAAAUUGUUGCCUGCAUAUAAAUGAAAAGACGCUGAAAUGUAUUUAUAUUUUAGUGCUUUCCGUGAGCUAUAAUUUAUGUUAGGUAUUUAUAGUAUGGGACUAUGGGAAUUAAUCUUGCAGUCUGCCAUAAUAUAU